AUGAAACCGCAAACUGUGCUGCGCGCAUCCUGCGAACCGUGCAGGAAGGCAAAGGUGCGAUGCAAGCGAGAAGGCGAGGGUUGUUCGCGGUGCAAGCAGCGAGAGCAGAAAUGCGAGUUUUCGCCUUCCUCCCGGAAGCGAAUCGUCAAGGGACAACCCAAACCGCAUCGCGAUACUAUCGAUGAGAUGAAAAACCGGCUUGAGAGAAUGGAGUCGCUGUUACUCGCAAGAAGGCGCUCAUUAGUGGAUGGUAAGCGCGCCAGCUCCUCGUUGGGCGAAAGCAAGGAGGAUGAUGCAUCAUACUGCGUGAUGGAUCGGAUCGGCUUCUCCAGUUUUAUUGGUUCCGCGUCCGGAUUCGCUCUCCUAUCGCCGCGUGGUCUGCGGUGGGUUUCCAGUAUCACACACUCGACCGAAUUGUUGGACUUUGUUUUCAACAGAGCACGAACAUACAUGCUGGGCUGGUCGGAGGAGAUGAUAAGCACAUGGCAACAUCUCAGGCCAGACGAUCAGACGCCACUCCCACCUAAAGGUUCCGCCAUUCUCGCGGUUAAUUACUUCUUUGCCUACGUAAACUCCACUUUACCCCUCUUUGACCAAAGGAGGUUUAUGGAACGUUUCAACUCGCAGUACUCAGACGAUCCUCCAACGAGCGUGGCCUGGUAUGCCUCACUUAAUGCCGUACUUGGUAUCGGCGCACUCGUCUUGGAAGAUGAGAUAGGCGUGUCGUCGACAGUGCUACAUCCCAGGCAGAAUAUCGAAGGCCGGGGCCAUGUAUUCAGCUGUCUGCGGAAUUGCUAUUCUGUCUUCAUCCAGCUCUCCUAUAGCUGCAGAGAGGUUAUGGGAGUCCAAGCCCUGAUUGGAAUGGCUAUGAUCCUUGAAACUCUGCUAGACGUGGAGGCCGGUUAUAUGGCCAUUGGCUCGGCGGCACGACUUGCACUUGGCCUGGGGUUGAAUCGCGAUUGCGACGCGGAGUGCUCCACUGGCGAAGUUGAGGAACGGCGCAACGUCUUCUGGGUUUUGUACGUCCUAGAGCGAGGUCUGAGCUUUCGACUGGGACGUCCGCCAACAAUCCCAGACGAAGACAUCCAAAUCAGCGAGCCAGUAGACGGCAAAUUCGCACACUUGGUGAGGUUGAUGAGAAUUGAGAGCGAGAUCUAUACCAGGCUGUACUCCGUCCGCGCUCGGGACCCAGAUCGGCGCUCAGAAAGACUUGCAGCCGAAGAUGAGCUAUAUCAGAAGCUACUUGCCUGGCAAUAUUCCUUGCCCUACGGAGAGCUGCGGCCCGGCCAGGUCCUCCAUUGCCCGAAUCCAGAGCAGCUUCCGUCCACUAUUUCUCUGCACGCCGAGUUCUACAAUUGCCAGCUAAUGCUCUGGCGCCCGGAAAUUGGCGCUGAGACAUCUUCCUCCCCAGAAGACCCUCGUUGGUCUUCCAAGCGCAUUGCAUGUCUCGCCGCCGCGAGGGAUACAGUCAAGCUACUUGACAGUUUACGGGAGGGCGGCGAAUUGUUUCGAAAUAACCUGGCGCGGCGCCUGUCGUAUUAUCCCCUUUGUGCCUUUCUGAGAAUCUUCAUCAAUAUCCUCCUGAAUCCGCACGAUCCUGGCGCCUUCGCAGACCUAGACUGGCUUCGAGUCGUGCUGAACACAAUGUCCGGAUCUCUGCUGACAAGCAGCUCACCGUUUGCUCUGCUGUUGUUUGAAAUAUUUGAGAAACUGACGAGAACUGCCGAGGACUUCCUUGUCCGCACUUUAUCGGGUGAAGUGAACGAGACAGGCCCGCGGCGCGAUUUCACAACCCCCGACGUUAAAGGUCAUGAAGUCUCGUCCGCCAUAGGCUCUUCAUAUGGCAUCUCCAGAGGCAACCACACAUUAGGCGGCUGGUGUCCGCAGCUACCUCCACCCUUUUCGGACUAUCCGGUGCUCUCCUAUGAGGACCCUGCUCCAACCCGAGAACAGGGACCACUGGCAAAAGUGAGCCAAAUUCUUUCACAAUCUGACAUAGGCGUAUCGGAUGCCCUAUUCCCUAGGUAUGAGAGCAUUUUGAGCGAGGUACAGGGUGCCGAUUCAGGUCUUUCGUCACCGUCACUCCACCGUGGCUGGCGAAACCCUACCACGCUGCCAGAUGGUUCCAGCAGCCUCGGUCCUCCGUCGUAG